CAUUCCGUUUCGGUUUGGCAUCCUAAAGAAAAGCGUACAAAUAUUCAUUCAAAAUUCCGAAAAAAUUCCAAAACUCGUUUUUCAAUUGUUCAAUUUUUUUUCUUUUGGCUAAAUGGCAAAGAAGGGGGCACAACAACAACUGCAGGCUGACAUCCAGACGGACGAGGAUCUGGAGCGUUUCAUGGAGCGACCAGGACUCUUGGUUUUGGAUGUUUACUCGGAAUGGUGUGGUCCUUGCCAGGGACUGGUGGGAUCCUUGCGAAAAAUCAAGCUGGAAAUUGGCGGCGAUAAUCUGCAUCUGGCCAUUUGCAAAUCGGAUACUAUCUCGUGCCUAAAACGAUUCAAUAAGCGGAGUGAGCCCACCUGGCUUUUUGUGACCGGCGGCAGGGCGGUUAAUCUAAUGUUCGGCUCGGAUGUGCCCAAGCUUGUGGCGGUGCUGAUCAAAGAGCUGGAGAAGACCACGCAGAAGGCAUCACGUCAGGUCAGCUACAGACUGGAUGAACUGCAGCCGAUUGAGGUGGAGCAGCAGCGCAUCAAGAUGGAGGCCAUCGAGCGGGCCGAGAAGGCGGAGCGUGAAAUCAAGCACAAGAAGCAGAUGGACUACCUCACCCAAGUGACGGACUCCAUCAUGGAGAAUCUGCCCGAUAUCGGCGUGACGAUCUUUGGGCCGCAGGUCAAUCGCGAUAUGUUCAAGAAGCUAACCGAACCAGCCGAGGCGCUGAAGAUGCAGUGCAAGGAUCGCCGCAUCAUCCAGGUGAGCAACGAUCAGUUCGAGAUUGUGAACUUUGCGUGCAAGAAUCCGCUGCCGCCGGAUGUGAUCGAGCAACUGGACGGCAAGGAGCUGCUGAUGUGCUUCUGGAAGAUUGACGAGAGCAUCGGCACCGUGCCCAACGUCCUCAUGGCCUAUGCCAAUGAGCUGACCAAGGAGAGAGUGGCGCCGCCCAACGAUGAUAUACCCGAGGAGCAUGUGAUACCGCCGCUGAUCACAACCAUGAAACUGAAAAUCGAGGUGGAGCUAAAGGAGGGCGAGACCUGGGUGGAGGAGAUUAGCUCCGAGGAGGAGGCGCGCCUGCAACAGGCCAAGAGCAAGGCCAAAACCAAGUCGAUCAUCCACGAGGAGGCGCAUCUGGCCGAGGAGGAAGCAGCCGAUCUGGAUGCCGAGGAGGAGGCCAGCGAGGAGGAGACAGCCAUGCCGGAGCCAGGUGGCGAUGCCAUGGGCGGCAUGCCAUCUAUGCCCGGUUUCGAGAUAGAACUGGAUGCCGCUGAUGAGGCGGGCGAGGAUGAGGAGGAGGUGCAGGAGGUAAAGGAGGAGGAGCCACCGAAGCCGCUAACUCGCACCAAGACAGUGAAAAUGCCACCGAUUUGGGUGCCCAACAGCCGGCGCACCCAUGCCGCCCUCAUCUACGUGUUCUUCCGCAGUCAGACGUCUUCAUUCCUGCCGCCGGAUCCCAAACCGGAUCCGCCGCACAUCAUCAUGGCCUUCGACGCGUCCAAGCGCAAGGAGAUCAUGCAUGUGAUCGAUCGACACAAGGACGAUGUGCCGCUGUACGGAUUCUUCUCCAGCGCCGAACCGGAUGAGGCCGAACUCAUUGCCAGCUCAACGGAUAAGUACGAGAGCAGCCCUCACGCACCGUCCGACAAGAUCGUGCUGAAGGUGAACAAGGUGCAGUCGAAUAUGAUGUUAUCCCUGGUGUCGUACGGUCCCAGCUAUGUGAGUCCCAAUGUGAUUGUCGGCAAGGACGAGGCGCACAAGUUCUUCCCGGAGGACUACAAGCCCCAGGAGGAGGUCGUCGUCGAGGUUGAAAAGAAAAAGAAGAAGAGCAAGCGGGCCACCGAAAUCACCCAGGAAGUGGAGACAGCGGCAGCAGCUGCAGCGGCGGCUCAUCCUCCGGAGCCACCUGCUCCAGUCGAAGCCGAAGCUCCCGCCGCUGAAGCUCCCGCUGGCGACGAAGGAGCUGCCGCACCAGCAGCUGGAGAAGCUCCGCCAGCCGGAGAGGCCGCACCAGCCGCUGAGCCAGCCGCUGAAGGAACCGCGACGGAGGCACCACCGGCACCAGCUGGGGAAGCUCCUGCACCGGAAGUGGCGCCACCCGAGGCGCCCAAGGAGGAGGCACCUGCCGCCGAAGCACCAGCGGAACCGGUGGCAGAAGCUCCUGCUUCUGCUGCUGCCGAUCCUGCAGCAGAGCCAGCAGCCGAGUAGCUAGCGUGAUAAGCGACCAAAUGUAUUUUCUGGCUAAUCAAAAUAUUACAGUGUAUGCGCCAAAUUGCCCAGUUGUAAAAUUGUUAAAGUUUCCAAUUUAAUAUAAAACAUAAAAAGUG